AUGUCCGAAAUAUCUCAAGACGAUGCGGCGAUGAUCAAGAUGUCCUCGACCCCUAGUCCGACCGCGUCAAACUCCGCUAGCAGCACAUCCGCGUCUCGCAGGCCACCACGCAAAAGCACUUUGACACAACAGCAAAAAAACCAAAAACGUCAACGGGCUACUCAAGAUCAAUUAGUGACUUUGGAAAUGGAAUUCAACAAGAAUCCUACUCCAACAGCCACGGUUCGGGAAAGAAUUGCUGAGGAUAUUAACAUGACCGAACGUUCUGUACAGAUCUGGUUUCAGAACAGACGAGCUAAGAUCAAGUUGCUUGCUAAGAAGAGCAUCGAGACUGGAGAAGAUUGUGAUGCUAUACCCGAAUCUAUGCGACAGUAUCUUUCUUUGCAGCCAAUGGAUGCUGGAAAAGCCUUGGGUGGUAACUUCCUUGGCCGCUCGGGCAUGAUUCCUUACGGAAGUGGUACCAUGUUGAUGGGAGGUGACGGUGGAGCGCAAGGCAAAGUUGUCAUCCAUCACCUUUCAUGUCGAUCACUUAGUGUUGGUUCAUGGCGGCGGGUUGGGCAAACUGCCAUGGACCUGAUCAUCUUUUACUCCCCUGAAAAGGCCACCAUGACAUACUACAUCAACAACGACCAAGCCGGUUACAAGAUUGAGUACUCCUUUGCAUCGAUCAAGAAUAUCUUCCUGGAAAAUGGGGAUAUGGAGUCCGGAAAGCCAGGUGGACUGGUGAUAGAGCUUAACCGACCACCGAAUUUCUUCAUGGACUCUUCGGGAUCUGGUGGCUUCUUCCAGUGCGGUGACUUCACAGAAGAUCAGCAAGCCUCGCAGAUCAUGGUCCAUCAUCUUGGUGGGCAUCCAAAGGUACUGAGUGAACAGUUGGCCAAACUCGUCUUACUUGACUCUUUCAUCACCCGACACAACCCUUUCGAGCAGCAACUCUCAGUAUCUGCGCCUGUAUCUCCAACUGGACAUCGCCCAGCAUCCCAACCAAAUUACAACGCACAAGCACAUAUUGGUAUGUUCCAAGAAGGUUGGGGUGUAAACACGGUGCCAGGUCCUCGGGGACCCGGCCACAAGAGACAGAGAAGUCGAUCCGUCCCAAUGGCUGUCGACUUCGCUAUGUUCAAUGCUCCAAUGCCGUCAUUCCUCAUUCAACAUCCCAACGAGACUCAAGCACAAGCCCACAACCCAAACAUAUUUGCCCCUAUCCCUCAACAGCCUAACGGCCUAGGGCCACUAGGUCCAAACUUGCGGAUUGAUACAUCAACUGGAUAUGGAAUGGAGUUCCGACAAUACCCGAUGUCUGCUGCAACAACUGCUUCUCCAUCCGAGUUCAACAGUCCUGCAUUCUUCUCACAGGCACCAGACACGGGAGCGCUUCCAGCCUCUGCCUACGGCAAUGCACCUUACUCUGCAGGAAUGCCAUAUCUCUCGCCAAAUCCUAUGGUCGAUAAUGCAGGAGGAUUGAUUCCACCAUCUGUAUCGCCUUUGUCAUUCAUGAGUCAUGGGGAUCCAGCUAUCGUUGAUCAGUCACCGCCACUCUCAAUGCUUCACAGAAGCGCAUCGGCUGACGUCUACAACAUGUCACAUGAGCAACAUUCGAACAUCUCUGAUGAUGGCACCGGUUUGAACGAGAUGUACUCUAAGCACAGUCUGAACCUGCCCAUGCAUCCUCACUCUCCAGCGUUCGCGGAGCAAUCGGCAGCAGAUAUGGACAUGAGCCAGUUGGUCUCAUUUGAUGACAACCCAGCAAGUCUCUCCCCUGAAAAUAUCUCUCAGUAA